AUGGGCUUCUUGUCUGACAUCUGCUUCGUGGUAGCUUUCCUGGCCAGGAACCUCUCUGGAGCCUUCAAUGAAGCUAAGCUGAUCACCUUCAGCGUGAUAGAAAUUACUUCAGAUGCUUUGAUGGAUCUCCUUUCACAUGGGGAGGCCAAUGUGCCCAAUUACAGGUGUGGAAAGCAGAGAAACACAGUAGCUGUCUUGGAAGAAGCUGAGACUGGCAUCUCUGUCCAGAUUUCCACCAUGUUGAGCACCUACAAAAUCCCACAGCUUCACCCCUUCCUUCAGAGCCCCCAAUUUCACAAUAAUUCCAUUGAUGGUGUAUAUUUGGAUGAGAAAGGAGAUCUGACAGCUGACCUGGACAUUGUGAACUGGGUAAUUUUUCCCAAUCGAUCCAUCAAGAGAGUGAAAUCUGGGAGUCUAAAAAAACAGGCAUCCCAGGAUUUGAAAAUUUUCAUUGACCAGAAGAGUUUCACACAAGUGGAAAAGCUGAACAAGAUUGCCAUCCAAGAGGUCAACCACAAUCACCUCCUCUUACCCAACAUCACCCUGGGCUAUACCAUCCAUGACAAUUAUUUCGAUCCAAGAAUGACUUCAGAUGUUUUACUGGAUCUCCUGUCAGCUGGGGAGGCCAACAUCCCAAAUUACAGCUGCAGAAAGACAAAAAGUACAUUGGCUGUUCUCGAAGGGAUGGACUCUGAAUACUCAACUCAGAUUGCAACCAUGUUGGGCACCUACAAAAUCCCACAACAUCCUUUGGCUGUGAAAGGCUGGACCAGAUGCCAAGAGAAGGAGAACGUGGAAAUGCUGCCCCAAAGAAUGGUUGAAAGAACCUUGACUUUAGACACUUACAACAUCUACAGUGCUGUGUGGAAUGUGGCAACCUCCAUAAAUGAUGUGUAUUCAUCCUUCUCCAAGAGAAGCAUGGCGUUGCACAACAAGAGGUUGGACACUGAAAAGCUGAAGCCAUGGCAGCUUCACCCUUUUCUCCAAGCCACCCAGUUUUACAACUCUUCCCCGAACCUAGUGUAUGUGGAUGAGAAUGGAGAACUGGCAGCUGAUUUUGACCUUGUGGACUGGCUGAAGUUUCCUAAUUGUUCAGUUGUCAGUAUAAAAUUUGGGGGUCUCUCCAGACAGGAGUCCCAGGAGCCCAAAUUCAUCAUCAACCAACAGGCCAUUGUGUGGCCCAAAUGGCUCAAUCAGCCCCUGCCUCCUUCCAGAUGUGUAGAAAGCUGCCCUCCUGGAUUUAUGAAGGUGGCUCAGGAAGGGAAGCCCAUCUGCUGUUAUGACUGUCAUAUUUGUGCAGAAGGAACCAUCUCCACCAAGGAAGAUUCAGAACAAUGCAUUCAAUGUCCUGAAGAUCAGCAUCCCAAUAAAUAUCGAGAUCAAUGUAUCCCUAAAAGGAUCAAUUUCCUAUCUUACAAAGACAAUUUGGGAAUCAUCCUGGCUUCCCUUGCCAUGUUUUUGGCCUUAACCACAGGUCUUGUAUUGGGAACCUUCAUUAAAUUUCUAGAAACUCCCCUUGUCAAAGCCAACAAUCGGAACCUCUCCUUCAUCCUUCUGGUCUCCCUCCUGUGUUCCUUCUUGAUUUCUUUCCUGUUCAUUGGCCAACCAACCAGAGCCACUUGCCUUCUCCAACAAACAGCUUUCAGCAUCAUCUUCUCAGUUGCCGUGUCUUCUCUCUUGGCCAAAACAAUCACAGUGGUAUUGGCCUUCCUGGCCACAAAGCCAGGAAACAGAGCAAGCAGAUGGCUGGGCAAGAGUUUGGCCAAUUCAAUCAUCCUUUGUUCUUUCACUCUUCAAGUUAUAAUUUGUUCCAUCUGGUUGGGAGUCUAUUCCCCAUUUACUAGUUCUGAUAAGCAUUCUCAACCUGGAGAAAUAGUUCUGCAAUGCAAUGCAGGCUCUGUUGCCAUGUUUUAUGUUGCCCUCGGGUACAUGGGCUUCCUGGCUGCAGUCUGCUUCACAGUGGCUUUCCUGGCCCGGAACCUCCCUGGUGCAUUCAAUGAAGCCAAGUUGAUCACCUUCAGCAUGCUGGUCUUCUGCGCUGUUUGGGUGUCAUUUGUGCCCACCUACCUGAGCACGAAGGGGAAGUACAUGGUGGCUGUGCAGAUUUUCUCCAUCUUGGCCUCCAGCGCUGGCCUGUUGGGCUGCAUCUUCAUCCCUAAGUGCUACAUCAUUCUGCUAAGGCCACAUCUGAAUACAAAAGAACAUCUGAUGAUUAAAUAA